GUAGGAAUCGCGAAUCUCUUCGUCUGCGACCUCUUCCUGCUAAGUGCUCUUUCUCUCUCUCCGGUUUCGACGCGAACUCUCACUCUCGCUCUCUCUGCUCAACACGAUUGUAGGGUUCCGUCUUCGCGCGAAUUACGUAACAGUCGUGAUCAACCAAGUUCGAAUCUCCGCGUUUCUCGUAGAUUGCUUGCUUAG